AUGGCAUUUCGAAAGGGUCUCCUACCCCGCCCGAAGGCGGCCGCGGUACUUGCCUGGGUUUCGCUCGCCCAGGUCAUCAGUGCCGGCGGUAGCAGCUGCUCGGGCAACUCGGGCAGUAAUUCUUGCGGCGAGAGCUACGACUACAUCGUCGUCGGGUCCGGGCCAGGCGGCGGACCCGUCGCGUGUAAACUCGCCCGCGCCGGCCACUCGGUCUUGCUCGUGGAGGCGGGCGACGACCAGAGCGCCAACCUCAACUCGGAGGUCCCGCAGUUCUUCCCCUUUGCGUACGUGGAUACCACGAUGCGGUGGGACUAUUUCGUGCGGAAUUACCACGACGAGCAGCGCACCCUGCUGAACCACCACCUCACCUGGCUUCGCACUCUGGGCGGCAGCUCGGCGGUGAACGCGAUGGGGUCGGUGCUGCCUAGCGACAGCGACUGGCAACAGAUUGUGGACCUAACCGGAGACACAAGUUGGAGCCCUGCGCACAUGCGCCAGCUCUUCCAAAAUAUAGAGAAUAACCAUUAUCUCUCGCCCGGAACUGCCGGCCACGGCUUCAACGGCUAUUUCCACACCAACUCGGCCGGAGAGUCCAUCUGGAACGGACACACAGACUUGUUGACCGUCCUAGGCCAGCUCGACGAGAGCCUCGGCGGAGACGCCGACGAGAUCCUGCAAGCCGUCACGAGCGACGUGAAUGAGCUAUCUGCGACUCGCGACCAGGAUGUUGGCGUCACUGGCCAGACUCUUCACGUCGACGCCAAGUGGCGACGGUUCAGCAGCCGCGACUACAUUCUCGAGACGGCGCAGUCGUACCCCCUUACCGUGAGGCUCAACACUCUCGCCACAAAGCUUAUCUUCUCCGACUCGAAUAUAUCGAAAAAGAAGAAGACCCCCAAGGUCGUCGGUUUGGAAUACCUCUCCGGCUCAAGCGUGUAUCGCGCCGAUCCGAGAAAUAACGGUACCCAGUCCGGAACCGCGGGCAGGGUCUUCGCCAACAAGGAAGUCAUUCUCGCCGCCGGCGUCUUCAACACACCCCAGCUGCUCAAGCUCUCCGGUAUCGGUCCGGCGCGGGAGCUGCGCAGCCUCCACAUCCCCGUCCGCGUCCACCUCCCCGGCGUCGGCGCCAAUCUCCAAGACAACUACGAGGUCCCCAUCGUCGGCCAGGCCGCCCAAAACUUUGGAGGCCCCACCCCCGAUCCCAACGCGCCCGUAUGCACGUACGGCGCCCCCGGCGACCCGUGCCUGGUCCUUUGGGAGCAGGGCGAGGGACCCUACGCCGGCUUCGGCCAGAUCAACUCCGUCUUCCGCAAGAGCUCCCACGCCGCGCUCAACGAGAGGGACUUUUACGCCAACGGCGGCACCUUUGCCAUUCGCGGUUUCUGGCCCCCACCGACUCGCCGGUCCGGCACGGUCCUCCUUCGCUCCGCCGAUCCCCGCGACACGCCAGAGAUCAACUUUAAUCUUUUCGACACCGCGGAAUCGAGGCUCGAUCUCGAGGCGUACCUCGACACGAUCAAGUGGGCUCGGAGGCAAUUUGCCCUGAUCCCGGGCCCCAUUGGCCCCAUUCAGCCCCUCGAGCCGCCCUGCGCCGGCACGCCCGCGGCUGAUGGGUCGUGCGACGACGAGGCGGACAAGCAGUGGGUGAUGAACCAGAUCUUUGGGCACCAUGCCACCAGCACGUGCGCGAUCGGUUCCGUUCUGGACUCCAAGUUUAGGGUCCUCGGCGUGCAAGGUCUGCGGGUGGUGGAUGCGAGCGCGUUCCCCGGACGCCCGGGCCCUUCCCUCAAGAUUCAGGCCACAGGGAGAUCUUAA